AAACCUUCAGUUUAUUUUGCAACUGCGGUUUAAUUAGUUUUCUGUCUUUCUAAACUAAAAGUAAAACAAAAUAAAAAAGGUCCUAAAACAAAGUAAAGCCGCAUGUCGCUUAUUUAUGUUGUCAAAUUCAUAAAUAUGAACCAAACUUUCUUAACAAAUUUCCUAUUCCUACUCUUUCGGAUCAUCCUACAUUCCAACCAUUACAAUGAUUCAUACUCUUCUUUCUUACCAUCUUCACUUCAACAUCUCCCUCACUUUCAAUCUCUCCAACGCCAUGCAGAUCACCCAUUUUCAUCAUCUUCUUUAAUAAAUUACAACCCAUCCUCAUAAUCUGCCUUGCAACACACAUACACUGUUAUGGCACUUUUUAAGACACGGAAGAGAUCAUCAUCACCAUCUUACGUAUCAACCCUCACAAUAGUUGUGUUCAUUGCACUAUGUGUUUUUGGCGUGUGGAUGCUAUCCUCCAAGUCAGUAGUGCCACCUCAAACACACAGCGAUGAAGACAUUGCAACCCGAACGUCCAUUGAUACCUCUGCAACCAAUGAUGAACUCUCUGCCUCCCAUGGAAUGGCUGAAAAAAUUGCAGAAACCAGAAAAGACAGUUCCUCUUCUGUCUUUGGGGACAACCCUGGACAGCUUCCCGAUGAUGCCAUAAAAUCUGAUGAAAAACAUUCCAACAUGGAGUCACAAAAUCAGCACAUCAUGGCCAGCAUGGACGCACAGCUUUCUGAGGAAAGCUCGUUAACUCAAAAGGAGCAAGCUUCCGUGAUACACGAAGCCGGUGCAGAUAGUGAUGUGAAAAUAACUGAGCCUGAGAAAGCUCAGCAAACCGUCACUACGGCUUCUAAUAACAUAAAAAAGGAUGAAGAAAUCUCCGCCGCGGCGGUGGAACAGGAGGUACAAAGCAUUGGAAAGCAGCAAGACGUUCAAGGUUUUGACACUAAACCGGCGGAAGAAGAUAUAAACAAGGAACAACUUCGAGAGGACAAAGGCGCGGUUGAAGCAAAUCCUAAAGCAGACGUGUUGCAACAGGACCCUGAGGCGGCUUUAAAGGGAACAAGUUCUGAGCAGGUGUCGGAGAAGAUUGAAAACCAGAAAGUAGAUGUGGUUGAGGUAACGCAGAAACCAAAAGCAGAGAAGAAAGGUCGUAAGUCAAAGAAGCAGUGGUCGACACAAGCUGCUCAGUCACAGAAAGAAAACAAAAGACAGCAAGUUGAAUCAAACAGUGAAGAGAAACUUGAAGAUCACGAAUGGUACCUCUGCAAUGUCACUGCCAAUGAAGAUUAUAUACCGUGUUUGGACAAUGAAAAGGCAGUGAAACAGUUGCGUACCACAAGACACUACGAACACAGGGAAAGGCAUUGCCCAAAGGAUCCUCCUACUUGUCUCGUCCAACUUCCCAAAGGUUACAGAACGCCCAUCGAGUGGCCUAACAGCAGAGAUAAGAUAUGGUACCACAAUGUACCACACAAGUUGCUAGCAGAGGUGAAGGGACACCAGAACUGGGUGAAGGUGACCGGAGAGUUCUUGACCUUCCCUGGAGGUGGCACUCAGUUCAUUCACGGAGCUCUCCAUUACAUCGAUUUUCUUCAACAGGCUCAACCUUCUAUUGGAUGGGGAAAGCACACACGGGUGAUCUUGGAUGUUGGGUGUGGGGUUGGUAGCUUUGGAGGGUUUCUAUUCGAACGGGAUGUUAUUACAAUGUCUUUUGCACCUAAAGACGAACAUGAAGCACAAGUGCAAUUUGCCCUUGAAAGAGGAAUUCCUGCCAUAUCUGCUGUUAUGGGUUCUCAAAGGCUGCCAUUCCCCAGUCUUGUCUUUGAUGCUAUACAUUGUGCACGUUGUCGAGUACCUUGGCAUGUAGAUGGUGGCAUGUUGCUGUUGGAACUGAAUCGGCUUUUGAGACCAGGUGGUUUAUUUAUUUGGUGUGCGACUCCUGUGUACCAGAAGCUUGAAGAAGAUGUCGAGAUAUGGAAGGAAAUGACCACACUGACAAAGUCCAUUUGUUGGGAGCUUGUGACCAUCAACAAGGAUGAACUGAAUCAGGUUGGUGCUGCUAUUUAUCGCAAACCCACUUCCAACGAAUGCUACAACCAAAGGGCGCAAAGUGAACCUCCAUUGUGCAAGGACGAUGAUGAUCCAAAUGCUGCCUGGUAUGUGCCUCUGCAGGCAUGCCUACACAGGGUGCCUGUGGACAAGACUGAGAGAGGAGCCAAAUGGCCUGAAGCUUGGCCUCGUCGACUAAAUAAACCUCCAUAUUGGUUAAACAACUCGCAGACUGGUAUCUAUGGAAAACCACCUGCCCAAGAUUUUGCAGCAGAUACUAAUCGUUGGAAAAAUGUUGUGGAGGAGUUGAGCAACAUUGGUAUAACUUGGACUGACGUGAGAAAUGUCAUGGACAUGCGAUCCAUCUACGGGGGAUUUGCGGCAGCUCUAAAGGAUCUUCCCGUCUGGGUGUUCAAUGUGGUGACCGUAGAUACUCCGGACACACUUUCUGUCAUCUAUGAGAGAGGUCUUUUUGGGAUAUAUCAUGACUGGUGUGAAUCCUUCAGCACGUAUCCAAGAUCUUAUGAUCUAUUGCAUGCAGAUAGUCUUUUCUCAAAGCUGAAAGAUAGGUGCAAACUAACAGCUGUUAUGGCAGAGGUUGAUAGAAUAAUUAGACCGGGAGGCAAGUUGAUUGUCCGUGAUGAACCUUCCACCCUCAGCGAAGUGCGAACUUUGUUAAAUUCUCUACAUUGGGAAAUAUUACAUGACAAAAUACAAGAGGGUGUACUUUGUGCAAAAAGAGGCAUAUGGAGGCCUACGGCUAUAGCAGUGUCCUGAUGAAGUGAUAGUGGUUUAAUUCAAGGAGUCUUUCAAUCGAAGCUAUGCAGUGGCGGUAACGUGUAUUCGGCUUCUCAACCCCACAUGGCACAGCAACUUCCAGAAAACGUCACACUAUUAUUUUAUAGGUUUUCAUAGCAUGUGUACAUCAGUUUUUAGUUUAAUUACCCGGAGAUUAUUAUCAUAUAAUGCAAAACUUGUCAUAGAUGGUGUA